CUCCCUCCCUUCCCGCGCGGGCACGCUGUGCCGGAUCCACAUUUUCCAUUUCUCUUUUUUUUUAACCUCGCACAAGAAUUUGGUGGCGGUUGGUGUGGGGUCGCCUCGCAUUCGCAUCCAACCCGGUGGUUCUGGAAGGCAGAGAAGCGGGAUCCUCGGAGGGUGACCCAUGUCGAAUCGGAAUCGAAGAAUUGUUUCUCUUCCUUUGUAGAACGUGUAAUUCUUCGAUGUAGAAAAUUGCAUUGCGGCGUAGAUAUGUAUGUGUUCCUCGUGUUCAUUUGGAUCUGGGGGCUGAUUUGAAAGGCGCCGCCAUGUAGGGGAGGCAACGCCUUUUCCAGUGGAGCAUUUUACUUCCCCUAAGAAAGGAUCAUUAUCUUCUUACGUGAUGUCCCUUCUACCAACCUCAAAUCCGGGACAUGAAAGGACUUCACCGAGUUCACAGCAUAUGAAACCACUGCCUCCUGAAUCGCUUCCUAAACGAUGGAGGGGGAAUGAUUUCUUGUGGCAUGAUCCGCCCCUGGCAUUAAGUGAGGAAUCUGGAUCUGAAAGUGAGAGAGACGAAAGGAAUGGAAAUUCUAAUAACGAGCAGAUCCUGCAGUCACACAGGCCCAUCGAUAACUCAAAUGGAAAUGAAGAAACAUCAACAUCAGACUGCACAGACUCUCUUUAUUAUUUAACUGAAAAGUCUACAUUUAUAUCUCCAAAAUUGUUUGGAUUCUUUCAAUCUUCUCUCCCUGGGACCUUAAAGGGUUGUCACUGGGUUUUGCUAUAUAGCACUUGGAAGCAUGGAACAUCGCUAAGAACACUUUUCCGUAGGAGUGAAAAUCUCCAGGGUCCAUGCCUAUUGAUUGUCGGAGACAUGCGGGGGGCUGUGUUUGGUGGCUUGUUAAAUGGUCCUCUCAGGCCUACAGAGAAAAGAAAAUACCAGGGAACUAAUCAGACAUUUGUAUUCACAACGAUUUAUGGUGAACCUAGGCUUUUCAGACCAACCGGUGCCAACAGGUACUACUACUUAUGCUUGAAUGAUGCUUUGGCAUUUGGAGGAGGUGGGAGUUUCGCGUUGUGCCUCGAUGAAGAUUUGUUACAUGGAACCAGUGGAUCAUGUCAGACAUUUGGGAACUCAUGCUUGGCUCAUAGUCCAGAUUUUGAACUGAAGAAUGUUGAGCUGUGGGGUUUUACUCAUUCAUGGGGUCGUUCAACAUAGUUGGCCUUGGAUACAUCAUAAAUGAAGCAAUCCCAAAUCCCAAUUGCCCUCUAGUCUAGUCACUGUAUACCUAUUAUUUUUUAUUGUAACACCAUUGUUCUUAUUGAUUUAGGCAGUUUUUAAGUUCCCUUCAAACUUCUAAAAAUUCCGUCGCAUUAAAUGUUGUUCCCUUCAAACUUCUAAAAAUUCCGUCACAUUAAAUGUUUGGACA